AUGGCAUCUGAUAUGAAAGCCUCGAUCCACCGCUUCCGCCUCCGCCGGGUGUCUCCAUCGAAAGGUGUCGGCGGUCGGGCCCGGUCCGCUUCACCUCCGGUAUCUCCUGAUCAGCGCCUUCAGGACGCAGAUGCAACCCCAGCUCAACGAGAGACGCAAAGUCGUCGUCAGGGCCAAGAUCAGCAGCAGCAGCAGUAUCCUCAGCUGGUCACUGUCAGCCGGAGCUCCGGGGCAAGACCCACAGCGCCGGCCUGUGACCGGUGUCGCAGUUUCAAAAAGAAGUGCAGCCGCACGUAUCCCGUAUGCUCUCUAUGUGCCAGCGCCGGUCAGCGUUGCUCCUACACCAACCCCAUUGCCAAUGCCGAAGCUCAGACUCAUCACUUGCGCUCGCGCGUACAAUGGUUGAGUCAGUACAUCGAUCAAAACCUCCUCCCGCAGGGUCAGGGUGGGAUCGACAAUGUCAAAACAGGAACUGAUCUAGGGACCGUACUGGGUGGCCACGGGCUUCGGAGUGGCACUACGAAUCCAACCACGGAAUCAUCACCACUUUCACAAGUCCCCGGCUCGGCCACUUCCCCGUUGGAUAUUACAGCAUCUCUUCCUACGACGCGUGGACAGGAUCAUGCAUCGACCGAACAACAAGGCGCCGAGGCGCGAUUCGAGGAAAGGGACCCCGGGAGUGUACGGACGACGAGUAGUUAUCUCUCCUACCAAGGAUCAACAGAAGGAUCUGUUAUCCGGCGAAGAGUGAUCGCUCGGCAGGCCCUGCCUCCUAAUAUUGCCCCGAGUCGCUUUGUCGAUGCCUUCUUCAGCCACGUGAACAGGGCAUAUCCUUUUGUCGACCAGGCUAGAAUACGACGAGAUCUAGAAAUACUGGGGGACGCCUCUCCGGCAGAUCAGGAUCCGCCCAUGACGUUGCUAUAUCUUGUCAUGGCUAUUGGAUGUACGUCGCUGGUGAGGGCUGGCCAGAUACCCUCUGAUACGGCACGACAGUUCGACGUGGUGUACCCAGACAUUAUCCAAGAGUGCCUCUGUAACGAUAGUAUCGAAUCUGUGCAGAUUCUUGUUCUGUUGGGACUGUACUCCCUGUUUGACCCGGCGGCGACCUCGGCAUAUUUCAUCGUUGGCGUCGCAGCACGGCAGGCUAUAGUCAUUGGCCUUACUCGACCAGACGACUUACCACGAACGGCAAUAGAAACUGAGCUCAGGCACCGACUGUACUGGAGCAUCUUCGUCCUCGACCGUAUGAUGUCGGCAUCACAGGGACUUCCACCGGCCUUCACAGACGAACAUGCGAACAUUCCCCUUCCGGGCCUCACUGUAGAGGAGUUUGCCAGUCCAGAUCGAGCGGUGUAUGCUCGCAAUCUGCAGACCAGCCGGCAUGUUAUCCAGCUCCGUCAACUGGAGUAUCGAAUUCUGCACGCCGUGCACCUCCAGCGAGAUGCCGACACUACGCGCUUAGCCCCUGUAGAUCGGCGUGCAGUCUUGAGCAGUUUGCGAUCUGAGAUCGAAGACUGGUACAGCAACGGCUGUCUCAUGUCACCAAUGGAAGCAGAUAACCUGCCCAUCCAUAGCAGCAUUACCUGGCUAAGCGCGCAAUAUUAUCACCUGCUUGUUCUCCUCUACUUCCCCAACCACUUCAACAGCUCGGCUGCAGCUGUUACUCGACAAGAGCAGCUGGAGUUUGCUCGCAAGCAGCUUCAAGCUAACUCGGCGUUGCUUCAACAACGACAACUACCCCUAAAUAGAGUGUCGCUGAGUCGGCUAUUGCCACUUUGCUUGGUGCUGAUGCAUGAUUUCGUAGCAUCAUACAACUCUGCUCCAGAAUCGUCAUCUUUCUCAGCUCGGGACGAAGUCAGUAUUCUUAUCACGCUUCUCGAAGCGUUUCCCAAAGAAUGGGCAGUGGCACAGGGUGCAACUCGCAUUAUGCAACAGUUUGUAGCCGUAAUGGGAGGACAAGGAGGCAUAGGCACAGCAUACUUUGGCUCAGCGACUGUGUUCCAGCCGACAGGCAAGGAGACUAUCGAAGAGCUGGCCAAGCCAUGCAUUGUCGGCUUUACAGAGCUGCUCCGUAAGUUUCUGGGCAGGGCUACAUGCUUCCAAUCGAUCGAGUACGCCCAGGCGGAGGCGCAAGAGGUUGAAAGAAUAGGACAGGUUGGUGUUGCGACACAGCAGCAGCAACAACAACAACAGCAGCAGCAACAACCGUCUACUAAUUCGGUAUGGCUGAAUGGAGUAGAUUCGAACGCAGCCGGAGGAAUGAACGAGGAGACCGUGCUAGGAUAUGGAUGGGGUUCGUGGGAUCUUGAUUUUCUCUAA